UGCUGGGCUGUGUUGGGGUCCGGGAACAGUGGGAGUGGCUAUAAUGUCCUCACUUUAGGAAGCGGAAUUUGGGAUCUUGGGUACCAAACUCAGCAGGCUCCAGGUAGAUCCAGCUUUUACCUUUUACCAAAGGCAACCAUCAGCAGGACCUACGCCGCCUCCCUCCCUCCCUCCCGGACUGUCUGCUAUGAAAUAUGGAUCAAGUUAGUAAGUAGCAGCAGCAGUUCCCGUCAGAGGCAGAUGGAUCACUUUCAUUUCGCAGGAUGAUUUCUAACCCCCCCGAGGAUUCCCCGAGCAGCCGCAGCCCGCCUCGGAGCGGCGAUCGGAAGCGAGUCCUGGGCGUGGAGGGGAGGUUGAAGGCGUGAGAGCAUGGAAGGGGAUGCGGGGACUCCCGCCUAGUCCAGAGCCAGCGAGAGGCAGGGAGGGCUCCGAGCCCGGGACGCUGCUGGGAAGUGCGAUCACCCCGCUAGUUGGGCUGGUUUCUUUGUCUGGAAUUCGCCCCCUUCCCCCUUGGGAUGCUGGCCGUUCGCCCUGCGGAGACUGUGGCUGGGGAUGUGGAAGAAGCUGUGGAAUAAUAUGGGUGGCAACCACUCCCACAAAACUCCCGUGUUUGAUGAGAAUGAAGAUGGUGUGCAUUGUGCAGAAGAGAGACACCAAGAAAAUGUAUGCCAUGAAAUACAUGAAUAAACAAAAGUGUAUUGAGAGAGAUGAAGUCCGGAAUGUCUUUCGGGAGCUACAGAUCAUGCAGGGCCUUGAGCAUCCCUUCCUAGUCAAUCUGUGGUAUUCUUUUCAAGAUGAAGAAGACAUGUUCAUGGUGGUAGAUCUGUUACUUGGAGGGGAUCUGCGUUACCACCUACAACAGAACGUGCAUUUUAACGAAGGAACUGUUAAAUUAUAUAUUUGUGAAUUGGCACUUUCACUGGACUAUUUGCAGAGAUAUCAUAUAAUUCACAGAGAUAUCAAACCUGACAACAUACUGCUGGAUGAGCACGGGCAUGUUCACAUCACUGACUUUAACAUAGCAACUAUAGUCAAAGGAUCAGAAAAGGCUUCCUCUAUGGCUGGCACUAAGCCCUAUAUGGCUCCAGAAGUGUUCCAGGCCUUUAUGGAUGGAGGUCCAGGAUAUUCAUACCCAGUAGACUGGUGGUCACUAGGAGUUACAGCAUAUGAAUUGCUGCGGGGUUGGAGGCCAUACGAAAUUCAUUCAGCCACUCCAAUUGAUGAGAUCCUCAACAUGUUCAAGAUAGAAAGAGUUCAUUACUCGUCCACAUGGUGCAAGGGCAUGAUAGCAUUGCUGAAAAAGCUCCUCACUAAGGACCCUGAGUGCCGCCUUUCAAGUCUUGCAGACAUUCAGAGCUCUCCGUACUUAGCUGAUAUCAACUGGGAUGCUGUCCUGGAGAAAGCUGUGACACCAGGCUUUGUUCCGAAUAAAGGAAGACUGAAUUGUGACCCUACAUUUGAACUAGAAGAAAUGAUUUUAGAGUCCAAACCCCUUCAUAAAAAGAAAAAACGACUUGCAAAAAACAAAUCCAAAGAUGGAGCAAAAGAAAGCUGUUCACUGAAUGUACACCUGCAGCAGUGCUUGGAAAGUGUGAGGAAAGAAUUCAUCAUAUUCAACAGAGAAAAGCCCCAAGCUCAGAGCUCCAGGAUCAAGGUGAAGAUGGAGCAUCCCUGCAUAGCUGGGAGGAUAAUUAUUGCAAACAGCUCUACAUGUGGUUGCAGGCAAAGCAGUGUCCUACUCCCCCCAUAAUUUCCUUUGGGUGUGGUCCUGGUGGUGGGCAGGUCAAAGCACCUGCUGUGGGUAGUCUGCUGACUGCCUUUCAAAAGGAGAAAGCUCUUGCUCCCAACCUCACUCUACCAUUCAAAGCAGGCUGGAAAAUGUCUUUGCUUGGAAUACCUUUUGGCAGGCUGACAGCUUCUGCGAAUAAUACACAUACGUAAGCGAGAGCCUGGAGCAAUUUAUGAACAGGAACAAAGAGCAUGGCUUGAUAGGCUAAAGAGAUGAUUGCCCCAUUUAAGCUCCACAGAAACUUAUUACCCUACGGGAGAUUUUAGGAGCAGCCUCCACUUUGCUUGUAUACUCGUUACAAAGGCCAUCCCUAGACUAGAAAAAAUAAAUCAUGUUUUAAAUAAUACAUUUUUAAACAAUAGUGUAGACUAGCUUAUCUGAUCAUGGUCAUCUGAGAUCCUAUUUUUAAGCAUGACCUAUUUUCCUAGUCUGGGUUGAACCUUAAUGCUAAUUGGGCAUUGACGUUUCAUUUUUUUAAAUGGUGGAACAUCACUGCUGUUUUCAUUUAUUUUCUCCUUCUCUUGAGUCUUAUUUUGCUUUGUCUAUUCCCAUGGUAAGCCUGAGAUCUCAAGGCACUGUAGGUCACAGUAUCACAGCAUCUAGUCUAAUUUAUCUCUUGAAUUCCACAUACCAGUAUUUCACGUGUUAGUCCGUCUUUAUGUGCACCUGAACCCAUUAUACUUGAUUGUAAAGUGUCAGUUGAUGGCAAAUUAUAUUCGCAGACAUUGACUGAACAUAAUUACUCAACAGGAACCAUCAACCUGAAUCAGUUAUCUAUGGUGUAUGCAUGUUUCCCUGAUGAUUUUAAGAAUGUGUAGGAGUAAAUGUCAUAGGUGUGCCAGCAGUGCAAGACGGUAUUUAAGUAUGCAGGGCCAUUUCCAUCAGUAUUUUAUCUGUAAUGUUAAGCUAUAAAUAAAACAGAUCUAUCAAUUGUAUUGAAUUAAAUUAAAUGGAUUUAUUUGAUUACCUGGUAAGCUAGUGAGCUACCAAAACACACGCGUUAGUAAGCAAACACAAUGUUGGGAAGUGAUGUAGGGAUUGUGGUAUAGUAUGAUUCUUGUUUUUAUUACAGUAGUGCCCAGAGGACCUUAUUAGGGUUAGGGCUCUGUUGUACUAGUUGCUGUUCACACACAUAGGAGGAUACAGUUUCUGCUCCAAAGAGCUUAGAACAGGGGUAGGCAACCUAUGGCACGUGUGCCAAAGGCGGCACGCGAGCUGAUUUUCAGUGGCACUCACACUGCCCGGGU